UAGUACGUACGAGCCUUGUUAUUUGUCAUGUGUAGUACUACGUAGUCCUCAAGUGGAAGGAUACAAGGAUCCUAGAAACGAGGAGGCAACGGACGUCCUGUAGUGCAAGGCUCGAUGCUAGUUGCCCCUUUGCGCAUGUGGAUGUGUUGGUAUCGUUGGUCUCCAUCCGUGGAUUGGAACGAGGAUGCUGGAAUGGAUCUGAAUCUCGUUUUCUCAACCUCCAAGUGUCAAUCCUCAGUUCAUGGCAAAACCCCGACAAGGAAGCAAAACUUGGCAGUCAGAGGAUCCCAUUGAACCAAUUCGCAUCUCAGUCGACCGACAACGAGAUUUAAGUCUACUCUUGUUCGUAAUUAAGUGCCUUGGAGCUUCAUUGAAUUAUUCAAGUGAUUUUUUUAUUGAUAUGGCAUCAAAACUGACACACAAAAGCCUCAAGAUCUUGUGCUAACAAUCGGGAUGCAAAUCGUAAAGGCCUUGGUUGUGCUUCUUCUCCCUUCAUUUCCUCUCCUCACAUUCGUUCAUUGCUUGGAAGUUGAUUCUCCUGAAGUUGUGGAGACUAAUGGAGGCGAAGCCCAAUCCUGGAGUAUUCCGUCCAAGACAGAACAACUCAUUCGAAGGAAGAAGGAAGCAUUAAAGCUUCUUUUUAACAGUACAGAUCGGAAAGUUCCCAUUAUUUAUAAUCGCAAUAGCGACUUGUUUCAACAAUACUUGACAGCCAGAUUCACGAGAAUACCUGGGGAAGAAGAUGCGUCUUCCGAGGCUUCGAGCGAAUCUGAAGAUCGGACAGAAAGAAAUUUGGACGUCACCACCAUCACUUCCUGGGGAGGACCCGACGAGUCCUUAGCCGAGCAAUUAGUCUUCAAGCCCAAGGCAAGGCAGGUGAAGAAUGUCUAUGUUCACCCUCGAGUGAGAAAACAAUCCCAAAAGAUGAUUGACAUUGAUUCCAAUCCGCCGCCUUUUGAACAACAAGAUUUCUCAGCAUAUGUCACUCUAAGAACUGAGACGGACCUCGAGGCCGCCCCUGCCAAACGAUCCUCUUCCAAUCCUGUCAGAGAUGAGCUCCGAUCUUUCAUCCAACAACUCCAAAGCUUGGAUAAUUUUGAAUCGGUGAAGCUGUCCACGAUAUUGCCUCAAGAAUCUAACUCUCUGAGCAAAGAGGCUCGACCAGAGGAGUUCGAAGAGGAUACCAACGUGACGUUCUUUCACAAUGGGGCCGAUGAUCCAGGGUUAGAGGGACAAUUCGUGAUUUCCGAAGCGGUUCCCACCACUCACUUGAAAUCCGAGCCAACCAAGCCGACGGUGUACAAGUAUAAAGAAGAUAAAACGUACAACAUUACUAAUUAUGCCACCGACUUCCAGGAUGCGAUCCUGCCGGAGAGGAUUCAACCUUCCUCUAAUUUUCAGCGGUCAGCCCAACCUCGUCCCACUCAUAUUCCUUCCCUACAAGGGUCUUUGAUCCAUCCAAAUGCAAAAGAACUUGCUCAUGAACAUAAUCAAUCCGUCAAGGAUGGCAAGGUGAAAUCAGAUAAAGCUCGGAAAUUGACGAAUGUCGUCCAAAUUGGCGGGACCUUGUACCGCAGCCCCAACCCUAUCCAAGCACACCCAACGCCUUCCGUGAACUCAUUCCAGCAAUCCACUUCCCAUCAUCAUAGUUUUCCAACAACCCCAUCUCCCGUUCAAGUCACUUAUGAACCCGAUCCCGGCUUUAAAUUGGCCCCUCAAUCCCCACCUCCACCCGAUUUAUAUUCAAACCAACCCCAGGGAUAUUCGCCUUCUCAAACUGCUCCAAAUCCAAGGCCAAAUUAUGAGUUCCAGACAUCCCCGAGUCCCCCCAGAAGUUAUUACUUUGAAGCAACUCCUACCCAACCUUCUUCUCCAUCUCAAGGGGUUUCUUCCUCAGCAGGUAUUUUGUACCGGCAAGGCUUUGGAACGACACCUGAAGCGUUUGCCAAAGACGAGGUUGUCAAGAUCAACACCGAAUCCCCUAUUUUUACCUAUAAGCAACCCCAGAGGUUGACCACACCCAAGUAUUACAUGAAGUUGGUGACAGAUCAACCUUACACCCCUCAGCCUAUUGCCAUCACGGUGCCACCCCCUGCUCCCACACCACCACCACCCGAACCUGUGCACCCAGACCACCAACCCGAUGUUCCCACCUCAAGUCCAGUUUACUAUAAACCCUUACCGUCCGUUCAAGGCUUCCUUGUCCAAGACUCUCCUAACCCAUCCAAAUCCCCGCCUUCGUUCAAGUCAUACCAAAGUCCCGCACCUUCUCCCAGCUAUUACAAAAAGCCCUUAUCCUCAUCCUCUGAUUCCUCAAUUGAAGCGGAUGCCUCAAACGAAUAUCAUGCUCCCGCCCCAAAGUUCGUGAAACAUAUCACUGAGAGUUCCCCAUAUCCUCAUAUUUCGACCAAGGUCCCAAACCAGCCUCUUGGGUACAACAAGGAAGUCGAGAAUACAACUCCGUAUCCUUUGGUGUAUGGGUUUAAACCCGUGGUCAAUAGGUUUUAAAAUCCAAGCUAGGUAUUCCACGUUGGAUUGCUCCUCAAUGAUGCCAUUACUGUGGUUGUUAUUUGAUGUCAUUUAUCACAUUCGAUGAUUCAACACACAAAAUAAUCACGAUUGAAAAUGA